AUGAAUUUACCUAUGAAUAUUUAAGGAAAUAAUAAAAAUAUAGACAUAAAAGAAGCCUUUUUGGAUUCCUUAAAUUUAAUAAAAUAAACUAAAGUAGGCCAUAUUUGUGUUUAUUCGCUUUGUGUUGAAAGUGGCUCACACUUGUUUGAUGUAAAAAAAUAUAGAGAAUGUUAAUUUCCACUUCCUGAUAAUAAUAAUCAAGCUGAUUUGUAUGAAAAAUGUCAUGAAGUUUUAGAGGAUUAAUACUUGCAUUAUGAAGUUUCAAGCUUUUUGAGAAAAGAUUGUGAUUUUCCAAUACAUAAUCCAGCUUAUUGGAAAGAAAAUAUAUCAAAUAAAGAAUUUGAUUUAGAGGGAAUUUGUGAAAAUAAUGUUUAUGAUUAAAUUGAGAAUAUUUUAUUAGGAAGAUUGAGAACCAGUUUCGGAGUUGAUUUGGUUGAAAUUAAAAAUUUGUUCGGAGAUUUUGUUUAUAAUAUUAUUAGAGAAAGAGUUAAAGGAAGUAAAGGGUUUCUUAUUUGUGAUGAAAUUAUAACUGAUUUGUCAUUCUAUUUAAAAAUAUUUAAAAAAAUAAAAUAAAUUUAUACGCAUAAAAAAAAAAUUAUAAAUGUAAAAAUCAGAGUUCAUAAUUAUAGACCAAUUUCAGCUUCAUAAAUUAAAAAAAGCUAACUUCCUGAACCAUAAGGAGAUAUAGAAGAAUAUAUGGAAAUACUAUUAGAACAUUAAAUAAAUUGUCAAAAAUAAGGAAAAUAUGUAGAAGCAGAAUUAGCAAAACGCAGAUUAUAAGAAUUAAAAGUUGAAUUUGAAAAAAGAUCAAAAGAUGAAAUGAAAUAAAGGCAUUAUAAUGAAAAAUCUGAAAUUGAAAAAGCUCAUUUAAAUGAAUAUAAUGAAUUCAACGAAUUUUGGGAUAAAAAAAUGCAAGAAUUUAAUGAAGAAGCAGAAAGAGUUGAAAAAGAAACUUUACAAAGACAUUAAGAAGAACUUGAGAAGUUUCAGGAAGAAAUAGAACAAUCUAUAAGUUAAAAACCGAAGGAUACUCCUGAAUUAUUAAAUUUAAGAAAAAUGGAAGAAUAAUUAGCUAGAUAAUAAGAAUAUAUGGAAGCACAUUAAAUUUAAUAAAGAAUUUUUAUAUUAGAAAAGGAAGAAUUCGAAAAAUGGAAUUAUUAAAGAUAAAUAAAAGUGAAGAAUUUAAUGGUUUAAUUAAGAACUCGUCAAUAAAAUGAAAUUUCAGCUUUAAGAUAGAGAAUUAUUUCAGGUUAAGAAGAAUAAAAAAAAUCAGAAAUUAAGAAUUGGAAAAACUCCUUUAAAAAUAUAAUAAUGUAAAAAAAGAACUUGAAAAUACUUAAAUAUAAGAAGGUACUAAAAUGGAAAAAUCAUUAAAAUAUGGAUGUAUAUAAAUAAUAUAAAUAUAACAAUAUUUUAUUUUUAAAUUUAUUGCAUAAAGCUGUUAUGAAUGCUUCUAAAAUAAUGAACUAAUCAAAAAUGUCAAAUGCUUCUUUUGCUAAAAAUUAAUAAAGAAUAUAAUAUUGA